AGAAGAAGAUAUACACAACAGUGUAUUGGAGGGAAUGGGUGAGCGGUUAAUUUAAGUCUUUCAAGUUGUGUUUGUAGUAGUAGUAGCUUGACGAAGAAGAAGAAGAGAAGUGCGCAGGUUAAGCGAAUCUCCUUUGUUCUUAUUGUGCGCACGUUAAGACCCAGUUUAAAAAAAAAAAAAAAAUUAGCGAAAACAAUAAGGCUUUAGAGGGAUAGAGAGAUUGAGAUUGUUAUUGAUGAUCGAUGUCGAAAAUGAAGCAUCUACUGAGAAAGCUUCACAUCGGUGGUGGUGGAAUCAAUGACCAUCACAGACUCGCCUCGUCCGAGUCGACUCGUCCUUCUCCGAAUUUGAGUCCCACUCCGAGUCAAAGCCCGAGCGCUUCCGAGUCUUCCUCCUCCGCGCACGGCGGCGGAAUGGGGAGAAUUGGUGCCGUUGAGUCUUCGUCGUCGUCGGUAGGUGAUCGGACGGUUACCGAUGGUGGUGGUGUUGUUGCUGCUGAGGUGGAUUUCAAUCUGUUGGAGGAGGAGUUUCAGGUACAGUUAGCCCUAGCUAUUAGCGCUUCCGAUCCCGAUUCGCGUGAGGAUCCCGAGACCGCUCAGAUCGACGCCGCGAAGCGGAUUAGUCUCGGUGGCUCCGCUUCUAUUUCCGAUAAUCAGGCCCUCGUUAAGUUUCUCUCGCCUCGAUAUUGGAGCUAUAAUGUUGUCAAUUAUCAUGAAAAAGUGAUGGAUGGAUUUUAUGAUGUAUAUGGCAUUACCUCAAAUUUGGACACACAAGGGACGAUGCCAUUGUUGGUGGAUCUUCAAGCAAUAAACAUUUCAGAUAAUGUUGACUAUGAAGUUAUUUUAGUAAACCGCUUGGUUGAUCUUGAACUUCAAAAGCUUGAGAAGACAGCAUAUGCCAUAUCCCUGGAGUGUCAAGUUUCUAAACAUGGUCUGAUUUUAAGUGGCCUAAUUCAGAAAAUUGCUGAUCUUGUUGUUGAUAGAAUGGGUGGUCCAGUUGGCAAUGCUGAUCAAAUGUUGAGAAGGUGGAACAUGAGAAGUUAUGAGUUGCGGAAUUCUCUUAACACUAUUAUUCUUCCCCUCGGACAUCUUGAUAUUGGACUUUCCCGCCACAGGGCCUUGCUAUUUAAGGUACUAGCUGAUAGGAUUAAUCUUCCAUGUAUGCUGGUAAAAGGAAGCUACUACACUGGCACUGAUGAUGGAGCUGUGAACUUCAUCAAAAUUGAUGAUGGAAGUGAAUAUAUUAUUGAUCUCAUGGGUGCUCCUGGCGCCCUAAUUCCUGCUGAAGUACCGAGCAGUCAUCUUCCAAAUCCAGGCUUUGCUGUAAGGAGCUUUGCAGAUGUCAUAGGAACACCCAAAGAUAUAUGUUCGAUGAAUGAUGAAGGAAUUAGAACACUAGCUGUACCGCCUGAUCUUGAUAGUGUUUUCAAAGAUGGCAGUUCAAAGCCAGAUGAAGCUUCUGUUGUAGGCUUCCAAACAAAAGAAAACCAAAGUGAGGGAUUUGAACACCAGUGUGAGAAGCUUCUUCCAUCACCGCAUAAAUCAUGUGAAAGCUUAUCUGGAAAAUAUGGAAAAGCAUCGUGCGCACAGAAAAAGAAAGUUAAGGAUGUCUCAAAGUAUGUAAUCAGUGCAGCAAAGAACCCAGAAUUUGCACAGAAACUACGUGCUGUUCUGUUAGAGAGUGGUGCAUCUCCUCCACCAGAUUUGUUUUUGGACAUAAAUUCACAUGAUCUGGGUGAGCAGAAAGUGCUUGAACAUAUUGAUAUGGCAAUUGGUAAAAAUGUAGAUAAUAAUCCUUAUAAGGUUUUGUCAAGCCAUGAGCUGGAGCCUUUGAACAAUGUUAAUUGUGAUGGGAAACAAAAACUGUCUGCAGAGAGGUUAGCCAAUCAAAAUAAAGAAUUGGAGACAAAUACCAUUCUAUCCUACUCUGAAUUUACAUCUGAGGGAUAUGUGCUUGUUGGUACUGGAACUAAUGAAAAAUUCCAGACCGAUGCUACAGGUGUAAAUAUGGUUACUCCCAAUCCGUUUCAAAUGGAUGCAAGAGCUUUGAAUGAGGAACGCAUUCUUGAAUCAUUUUUGGACACUGCAGCCCCAUUCAGUGACAAUACUGAUAAACGCUGCUUUCAGGAUAAGAUUGGAGGAUUUUCUAAUGACAUUGAUUUGGGAAAUGAAUCUGCUGCGAAAUUAAUUGAAAAGGCCAACAGUGGUACCCGUGUUGAUGCUCAUAGUGAGGGUAUUAACCCAGUGCUCAGGGGGGUUCCAGUAUGGGAUUUUCCAUGGGAGGAUAUACGAAAUGGUGAACGAAUUGGUAUUGCUGAAUCUUGCAAAAGACAACGUAACAUUGCACCAUCGAGUGAUGAGAAACAGUGUUUUCAGGAUAAUAUUGGAGGAUUAUUUAAUGGCAUUGAAUCAGGUGAAGAAUCUGCAAUAGAAAUGGCCAGCAGUUGUCUUCGCAUUGCGUGUAGCGAGGGUAUUAAUCCAGUGCUCAGGGAAGUUGCAGAAUGGGAAAUUCCAUGGGAGGAUCUACGGAUUGGUGAACGAAUUGGUAUUGGUUCAUAUGGUGAGGUUUAUCGUGCAGAUUGGAAUGGCACUAGGAUCGUCAGAUUCAAUGUUUCAUACGUUAAUUCGAUAGUGGAAGUUGCUGUCAAGAAGUUUCUAGACCAAGAUUUCUCUGGUGAUUCAUUGGUUCAGUUUAAAAGUGAAGUUGAAAUCAUGUUAAGACUGAGACAUCCUAAUGUUGUCCUUUUCAUGGGAGCAGUUACUCGCUCCCCACAUUUCUCAAUACUGACAGAGUUUCUUCCCAGGGGGAGUUUGUAUAGAUUACUGCAUCGUCCCAAUCCUCCAAUUGAUGAAAAGAGGCGAAUGCGGAUGGCUCUCGAUGUGGCCAAGGGAAUGAAUUACUUGCACACAAGCCAUCCUCCCAUCGUGCAUCGAGAUCUUAAGUCUCCAAAUCUUCUUGUUGAUAAAAAUUGGGUUGUUAAGGUUUGUGAUUUUGGUUUGUCACGCACAAAGCACCACACGUUUCUGUCUUCUCAGUCUACCGCUGGAACGCCUGAAUGGAUGGCACCCGAAGUUCUAAGGAAUGAACGUGCCAAUGAGAAGUGUGAUGUAUAUAGCUUUGGUAUCAUAUUGUGGGAGUUAUCUACUUUACGUAUCCCUUGGAAGGGGUUGAACCCAAUGCAGGUUGUUGGAGCUGUUGGAUUCCAGAAUAGGCGUCUUGAAAUUCCAGAAGAGGUUGAUCCAGUAGUAGCACAGAUAAUAUGUGAUUGCUGGCAAACGGACCCAGAUCUACGGCCCUCUUUCUCACAGCUUAUGUCCAGUCUUCGCCAUCUUCAACGUCUAGUUGUACCUACAAAUCGAUUGACACAGUGACCAGAUCAACACCAUUGUAAUAAUAGUUGUUCUCCGGCUCAAAGAGCUGGAGGAGCUGAGGUUUUUUUUUCUUUUUAUGCAAAGAAACUUGAGAGAAUGCUGGAUUGGGAAGUGUUAGGUUCAUUCAAAGUGGGAGCUCAGCACAACCCAUUCAGAACAAUUUGGUGGUCCUCCUAACCGAACAGCUGCAAAAGUGCAGUGGAGGAUACCAAUGAAGUUAGUUGUGUAAGUAGGUAGAAUCAUUCUAAAUGUAAGAAUGUCCCAGGAGGGAAAAAAAGAAAAAUGGGGGGAGGGGGUUGAGAAAGAAAGGAAAAAAAGAAAAAAAGAACAAAAAAAAAAUAAUUUUAUCAAGUUCUUUAUCUGUGGAGAUCAUGUUUGGUGAAUUGUAUACAUUUGAUCUCUGCAGUAUAUUGUGAAAAAGAAAGA